AUAAAAUGGUAAACAGAAGAGCACGCUUCCUUCUUUCUUUCUGUCCUGUAACUCCUGAGUCCCUGUCUCUCUUGAGAUCCCUCCUGGUUUAAGACUUUAAAAACAAUGGCUGGAUUUCCAGGUUUUAGUUACCUUGGUCCAAAAAGCAAGAACACUGUUGUAGCGGGAGGAUUAACGGCUUUUGUUUUUGGGGUAUACUUCUACACAAUGAGGGCUGUUGGUGGCACGGACGAACUUCAGGUGGCUAUUGACAAGUUCGAAGGCCAAAAACCAGUUGAGACUGACACCAAGGUUCCAUCUAAAGUCUAAUCCUCACCGGCUUGUUAUGUCCAACCAAACUCGUUGUUGUUUAUCUUUUGUCUUCAAAGUUCUUUACUUCACUCUCGUUCGUCAGAUUGGUAUCUGUGUUUGAGUCUCAGUCCAAUCCCUAAUACAGUGUUUUAAACAAGAGAAUUCUGAUCAGGACAUGUUUUUAAUGUUCUUGACAAAUAGACACUAAUGCUCAUAUUAA